AUGUUGUUAAUGUUGUUAUUGGUUAGUUCCAUUUUGGUUUGCUAUGCUGGAAACUUGAACGAAGAUUUCAACAUUACAUGGGGAGAUGGCCGUGGAAAAAUACUCAACAACGGUCAGCUCCUAACCUUGUCACUCGACAGAGCCUCUGGCUCAGGCUUCCAAUCCAAGCACGAGUAUCUCUUUGGAAAAAUUGACAUGCAGAUCAAGCUUGUCCCUGGAAACUCUGCUGGCACUGUCACUACCUACUAUCUAUCAUCAAAAAGGUCAACAUGGGAUGAGAUUGAUUUGGAGUUCUUGGGGAAUCUGAGUGGUGAUCCUUACAUUCUUCACACCAAUAUAUAUACCCAAGGCAAAGGCGAUAGAGAGCAACAAUUCUACCUCUGGUUCGACCCCACCUCUAAUUUUCAUACCUACUCUAUCCUCUGGAAUCCCCAACGCAUCAUAUUAUCAGUUGAUGGCACACCCAUUAGAGAGUUCAAGAACCUAGAGGCAUCCAUUGGAGUUCCUUUCCCAAAGAGCCAACCAAUGAGGAUUUUCUCUAGCCUCUGGAAUGCUGAUGACUGGGCAACAAGAGGAGGACUGGUCAAGACAGAUUGGUCACAAGCUCCAUUCGCAGCCUCCUAUCGAAACUUCAACGCCAAUGCUUGCGUAUGGUCUUCUGGUGCAUCUUCUUGUAGCUCAUCAUCAUCUUCGACAUCAAGACCUACCAGUAAAUCGUGGCUCACAGAAGUUCUUGAUACCUCAAAGCAAGAGAGGCUCAAGUGGGUCCAAAAGAAUUACAUGAUCUAUAACUAUUGUAUAGAUAUAAAGCGCUUCCCACAAGGCCUCCCUCCUGAAUGUAGAAUAAAACUCUAA